GAAACCCCCAAAACCCCAAGAUGUCUUCUUCGAUCUCAAACCCUAGAAACCCUAACCCCCUCCAAUGGACCGUCCACCCUCCAGGCUACGAUCCUGGGCCUCGUUCGGGAUCCAUGACGCGCUCGGCGAACCCGAGACGGCUGGUUCGUUUGGGAGGAGAAUCGACGACGAUGGAGUCGGCGACGGGGGCUGCGACGACGAGGAGGAGCUGAAAUGGGCGGCGAUCGAGAAGCUUCCGACGUACUCGAGGGCGAGGAGGGGGGUUUUGCUGCAGGAGGAGAGGGCGGUGGAGGUUGAUUUCGAGAGAUUGGGAUCGUUGAAUAGAAGGAUUCUGAUUGACAGCGUGUUGAGGGCAGUGGAGGAGGAUAAUGGGAGGUUGUUGAGGAGACUUAGGGCUCGGAUCGAUGGGGUUGGGAUUGAGCUUCCAACUGUAGAGGUACGAUUCGAGAAGUUGUCAGUGGAGGGAGAUGCUUAUGUGGAAAGUAGGGCGCUUCCCACUCUUGUGAAUGCCACCUUGAAUACAGUAGAGGGAAUACUCAGGCUUUCCACAUCUAAGAAAAGGACUGUGAAAAUACUUUCUAGUGUAAGCGGAAUUGUGAGGCCAUCAAGGAUGACGUUGCUUCUUGGACCCCCAGGAUCAGGGAAAACAACUCUCUUGCUUGCUCUUGCAGGAAGAUUAAAUAAGAAGCUUGGAGUGUCUGGUAAAAUUACUUAUUGUGGCCAUGAGUUUCCAGAAUUCAUUCCUGAGAGGACCUCAGUUUAUAUUAGCCAACAUGAUCUUCAUAAUGCUGAGAUGACUGUUAGAGAGACACUGGAUUUUUCAGGGUGCUGUUUAGGGGUUGGGACCAAUUAUGAUAUGCUAUUGGAACUUCUAAGACGGGAAAAGGCUGCAGGAAUUAAACCAGAUCCUGAAAUUGAUGCUUUCAUGAAAGUGACAUCACUGGAAGGUCAGCAUACUAAUUUAGUCACAGAUUAUGUUCUGAAGAUCCUUGGUCUGGAUAUCUGUGCAGAUACUAUUGUUGGAAAUGAAAUGCUAAGAGGCAUUUCUGGAGGGCAGAAGAAGCGUGUGACUAUUGGUGAGAUGCUGGUUGGACCUGCCAAAGUAUUAUUCAUGGAUGAGAUAUCAACUGGACUAGACAGUUCCACUACCUUUCAGAUUGUGAAAUUCCUGAGACAGAUGGUUCAUGUGAUGGAUUGUACUAUGAUUCUCUCUCUACUUCAACCUUCACCUGAGACUUUUAAUCUUUUUGAUGACAUUAUCCUACUGUCGGAGGGUCAAAUUGUCUAUCAAGGCCCUCGUGAUAGAAUCUUGGAGUUUUUUGAGGGUAUAGGUUUUAAAUGUCCUGAAAGGAAAGAUGUUGCUGACUUCCUUCAAGAGGUAACUUCGAAGAAGGACCAAGAACAAUACUGGUUUAACAAGACAGAACCUUACAGAUACAUUUCAGUGCCAGAGAUUGUACAGAAUUUCAGCUCUUUCACUACUGGGGAACAGCUUAGGGAAGAUCUUAGAAUUCCAUAUGAUAAAUGUUGUACACAUCCUGCUGCACUGGCAGAUGUGAAGUAUGGAACAUCUAGAUGGAAACUGUUUAGAGCCUGUUUUUCAAGGGAAUGGUUACUGAUUAAACGGAAUUCUUUUCUCUACAUAUUUAAAACUACUCAAAUAGCAAUUAUGUCAGUGAUAACUAUGAUUUUGUUUCUGAGGACUCAGAUGUAUCAUGAGACAAUUGCCGAUGGAGGAAAGUACUUAAGUGCUUUAUUUUUCAGUUUGGUAAAUAUGAUGUUUAAUGGAAUGGCUGAGCUUCAAAUGACUGUUCGUAGGCUUCCAGUCUUCUAUAAGCAACGAGACUACUAUUUCUAUCCUCCAUGGGCUUUUGGAUUAUCAAUGUGGAUCCUCAGGAUCCCUCUAUCAGUACUUGAAUCAGGAAUAUGGGUGUCUAUCACCUAUUAUGGGAUUGGAUUUGCUCCAGCUGCCAACCGGUUCUUUGCGCAGUUCUUGGCAUACUUCUUUAUACAUCAGAUGGCUCUUGCUCUAUUUCGUCUCCUUGCUACAGUUGGAAGAACUCCUGUUAUUGCCAGCACAAUUGGAAGAUGCGUCUGUCUAUUAAUGUUUGUACUGGGAGGAUUCCUAAUUUCCAAAGACAACCUCCUUUCAUGGUUGACAUGGGGCUACUGGAUUUCUCCAAUAACGUAUGCUCAGAAUGCUAUAUCAAUCAAUGAAUUCCUUGAUAACAGAUGGAGCAUUGUAAAUAAUGACACAACCAUAAAUGCAUCCACAGUUGGGAAAGCAUUUCUUAAAUCAAGAGGCAUGCAGGUGAAAGAAUAUUGGUAUUGGAUAUCUAUAGGAGCACUCGCCGGAUUUUCUUUAUUUUUCAAUGUCUGUUCUAUUGCUGCAUUGACUUAUCUAAAUCCUUUUGGAAGUUUCCGAACGGUGAUAAAUGGUAAUAGAGAAGAGCCCGAGGGAUCAUCAUCUACUGAACAUAUGCAAUCUAAAAUGUCGGAAAUGAGUACAACAUCUGUUGCACAUCUGUUUCGAGGUAUUCAAUUAGCCGGAGAUCCAGUAAACAACACAUCUGAGUCUGUUGGUGUUAUUUCCUGUGCACUGCGAGAAAUGCCAUUAACUUUUCAGCCCCUUUCUCUCUCUUUCGACCAUGUCAACUACUACGUAGAGAUGCCUAAGGAAAUGAAAUCCCGGGGAAUUGAAGAAAGCCGUCUUCAGUUACUACAUGAUGUAAGUGGCACCUUCAUGCCAGGCGUCCUCACAGCAUUAGUUGGUGUUAGUGGUGCUGGAAAGACUACCUUAAUGGAUGUCCUUGCUGGGAGAAAAACUACAGGAUAUACUGAAGGGACGAUUAACAUUUCUGGUUACCCUAAAAGCCAGGAAACAUUUGCUAGAGUUAGCGGUUACUGUGAACAAAAUGAUAUCCAUUCCCCAAAUGUAACUGUUCAUGAAUCCCUGAUUUACUCAGCUUGGCUUCGUCUUGGUCCUGAUGUCAAUUUUUAUGUCCGAAAGAUGUUUGUUGAUGAGGUUAUGGAUCUCAUCGAGCUUAAUCCCUUAAAGAAUGCAUUGGUGGGACUUCCAGGUGUAUAUGGUUUGUCGACAGAACAGCGAAAGAGGUUAACAAUCGCUGUCGAGUUAGUUGCAAAUCCAUCCAUUAUUUUCAUGGAUGAACCUACAACUGGACUUGAUGCUAGAGCAGCAGCAAUUAUUAUGAGAACAGUGAGGAAUACAGUCAAUACAGGGAGAACUGUUAUUUGCACGAUACAUCAACCAAGUAUUGACAUUUUUGAAUCUUUUGAUGAGCUGUUAUUGAUGAAACGUGGAGGACAAGUCAUAUAUGCAGGAGCUCUUGGCCACAAGUCAGAAGAUAUUAUAAAGUAUUUUGAAGCUAUUCCAGGGGUACCCAAGAUAAAAGAUGGUUACAAUCCUGCUACAUGGGCGCUGGAGAUUAGUUCACCUUCAGUUGAAGCUCGCCUUGGUAUAGAUUUUGCUGAAGUUUAUGCUAAUUCAUCCCUUUAUAAAAAGAAUCAAAAACAUAUCAAAGAGUUGAGCAGCGCUGCACCAGGACCUAAAGAUCUAUAUUUUCUGACCAGACAUUCCCAAAGCUUUAGAAUUCAAUAUAUGGCAUGCCUUUGGAAACAACACCUGUCUUACUGGAGAAAUCCGCAACACAACGGCAUCCGUUUUUUGCUUACUAUUGCUUUUGGACUUAUAUUUGGCGUUGUAUUUUGGAAUACGGGUAACACUAUGAAAAAGCAACAAGACCUGUUUAAUAUUAUGGGUGCAAUGUAUGCAUCGAUUUUCUUUUUAGGAGGCAAUAAUGCAACUGCAGUGCAAUCUGUGGUGCUCAUUGAGAGGGUAGUCUUUUACCGCGAAAAGGCUACAGGGAUGUACUCAGCUCUGCCAUAUGCACUGGCUCUAGUAAGCAUAGAGAUAUUAUAUGUAGCAGUGCAAAGCCUUCUCUAUGGUGUUCUCCUCUUCUUUAUGCUCGGUUUUAGUUGGCAAGUAGAGAAGCUUUUUUGGUUCAUAUACUUCAACUUCAUGUGCUUUGUCACAUUCACAUUAUGUGGUAUGAUGUUGCUGGCCCUUACUUCAGGACUACAAUUAGCAUCCAUAUUAAUGGCUUUCUUCUCUGGCUUAUGGAGCUUGUUCUCAGGUUUCAUUGUACCUAAACCACUCGCACCAAUCUGGUUGAGAUGGUACUAUUGGGCUUCACCAGCAGCUUGGAUACUCGAUGGAAUCAUGACAUCCCAAUUUGGGGACCUAGAGUCUUUGCUGGAGAUACCAGGUCAAGCUAGUGUUCCAGUUAAGGUGUUUCUGAAGAAUUCUUUUGGUUAUGAGUACGAAUUCCUCAAACAUGUUGCACUUCUUAAUGCUGCUUUCGCCAUCACUUUCUUUUUUGUUUUCACAUUCUCCAUCAAGGUAUUAAACUUUCAGAAGAGAUAAGCAGAGGGUGAUUGAUCCAUAUUUUUUAGUAUAUCAAAGUUGUAUUUGUAAUUACAAUAAUUUUUUUGAAUAUAUCAUGUGUACACCCUAUACAAAUGCUUUUGAAGACCUUACGAGAAUAUUGUCAAUAUGUAUCAAUCUCUUCUUGGUAAA